AUGUGCCAACUUCGAACUACGGGAAAUUAUGAAGAUGAAGAGCGAGUGGUAGAAGAUGAUGCUGAGCGGUUGAUGGAAUCACCAUGGGCUGUUGCUGAUGCCCCUUCGAGUAGCUCGCCUCUGGUCCAGAUGCCCAGGCCUGAGGCUGAAGCUGAGGUUGUGGCGGCAUGUGCUGCUGCAGCGGCUGAGGAGGGCCUCAACGGUCAUAAGGUCUGCGCUAAGGACGUGUUGGCCUACUUCAGACGUUAUGACCUCGAGAACUUCCUCACUAUGAUGCUCAUCGAGCUAGGCAUCCAUACACCCCGGGAUCCGGCUCGGUUCAUGUGUGAGUACAUUAGAACUAACCUCACUACGAGGCGCGCAGGGGACUGUGAUGAGGAUGGUGAUGAUGAUGAGGUUUAUAUUUACUUCCCGAAGGGCCGGAGGGCAAGCCGACGUCGUAGUAUUCAAGCUGGCGAGAUUAUGCGUCACGAUGAUGCUUAUGAGGAGGAAAGGGGACAAGACCUUGUCCCACCCUCCCCACAGUUGAGCGUGUCCAGGCAAGUGUCCCAUCGUUGGAGCCACGACCUCACCAGUACGGCCAUAAGGAGCAUCAUAUUGCGGCGAGUAUCGAGACAGUUGGAGAAGGAGAACCCGAGUGUGUAUGCUUUCGUCCAGCAGUGGAUGAGGGAUGGUAUGGGGGGUGGUAGGGACAGCACAAGCACUGGGAGGGGCUCGGUCAGCUCCUCCUCAAGAAGGGCUAGUGACUCUGUGGCCUACGAUGAGGCUAGAUUUACUUCUAGAAUAUUGGAGCAGCUUCCCAAGAUGGACACUCUGCAGCUACCGGACUUGCUCAGUUGGGAGACCAAGCUCUUCAGUUUGGACCAUUCGGAGUUGGUCAGGCGCGCCUACAGUGUGUUCGAGAGGUGGAAUUUUGUGGGAGAGGGUAAAAUGGUGGAGCCAUCGAGGUUGUGGGGGUUCAUUAAUCUCAUCGCCAACGAUUAUCAUUCGGACAACCCUUACCAUAAUUUCUACCACGCCUACCAGGUCAUGAGCUGCGUGGGCUAUGUUAUGUACAGGGCUGGAUGCUCAGUACGUCCGGGGCCUGCUGGGGCGAGUGACGUUAUCUGUACGCCUCUAGAGGAGUUUAGUCUUCUCAUAGGAGCACUGUGUCAUGAUGUGAACCACCCAGGCUUCAACAAUGAUUACUUCAUCAAAGGGAGGAGGCACUUGGCUGUGCGCUACAACGACACUGCUGUGUUGGAGAACAUGCACGCUGCUAGGACGUUCGAGCUCCUUCUGGGUGGUGCUGUUGACUUUACUUCGACGUGGCCAGCCGCAGAUGAGCCUGGCGAGCCUAGUGACUAUGAGGUUUUUCGUCAGACUGUUAUCUCGGUUAUACUGGCCACCGACAUGAAAGUUCACUUUGACAUUACUAUCAAACUGCAGGAGUUGCUCUUAGACUGCAAGGAGGGCUCCAAAACGGCAGGGGCGACUCGUGUCCGAGCACCAGGAGAGUGGAUAGACGGGGCCUUGGCUGAAACUAGGCCCACACUGCUCCAGGGUAUUGUGCAUGCUGCUGACAUAUCGAACCCUCUUAUGCCCUAUGAUGAGUACUAUGAGUGGAGCUAUCGUGUGGUGUCUGAGUAUUAUCAUCAAGCAGAGGCUGAAAGGAUGGAGGGCCUCCCCUUUGCGCCCUUUAUGGCUCAUCGUCCUGAUGAUACUUUGGAGCUAGCUAAGUUGCACGUGGGCUUCAUAAGCUUCGUCGUGAGUCCGUUGUGGAACACGUUGGACGGCCUCUUGGUUGGUCUCCAUGACAGAGUUGAAGUGAUGGAUGAGAAUUUCCAGCACAUGAAGGAAGUCGAGGAACGCGAGCAAAGACAACGGACCUCGUCUGUCAGUGUUGCCCAGCUCGCUACUCCUAGAGCCCUUCAACAACAGCAUGUUGCUGAUGCUAACUGA